GCCGGCGCGGCGCAGCCCCGCGCGCACUGCAAGCACCGCCACCGUCACCGCUCGCAGCGCGUCCGCUCCUCUCUGCUCGCAGCCCCACGCCGCCGCCAUGCCUAUGUUCACCAUCCACACCAACGUCUGCAAGGACGCCGUGCCCGACAGCCUGCUGGGCGAGCUCACCCAGCAGCUGGCCAAGGCCACCGGCAAGCCCGCGCAGUACAUAGCUGUGCACAUCGUACCUGAUCAGAUGAUGUCCUUCGGCGGCUCCACGGAUCCCUGCGCUCUCUGCAGCCUCUACAGCAUCGGCAAAAUCGGAGGGCAGCAGAACAAGACCUACACCAAGCUCCUGUGCGAUAUGAUCGCGAAGCACUUGCAUGUAUCUGCAGACAGGGUGUACAUCAACUACUUCGACAUAAAUGCUGCCAAUGUGGGCUGGAACGGUUCCACCUUCGCAUAGAGCUCUCUUUCCCGUGCCCAGAGGCUGCUCCCAGAUGUCCCCUCGUGCUGCUGUUAGAGACCACCGCACAGAUGGCUCUGUGCUAUGUUGUGUUCACUCACAGAUGGAUGGCUCCUUGUUAGUGUGUUUCAAUACUGCUGCUUCAACAUUCCUCUGUUUUCUCUGUGUAGAAAACAAAUAAAGAUUUAGAAAUAA